AUGGCAAAAUAUGCAAUAGCAAAUGGCUUCAACACUAAAGUUAAACGAUCUGACAAAGAAAGUCUUAGUGAUAGAGUACUGAAUAACUUGGUUAUGACAACAACUUUUGUAAGUGAAUUUGCAGAACCAAAAUUAAUUAAUCACAAGAGAAUACACACACCCGCAGACAUAAUUGAAGAGAUGAAGGUUGUUUAUGGAGUUGAUAUUAACUACACGCUGGCUUGGCGCGCAAAAGAGAAGAUGCAUAAGGCAUUAGAUAAUGAGUUUAAAUACUUGUUUAUUGCCUUACAUCCCAUGAUAAGGGGUUUCGAAUUUUGCCAACCUGUUGUAGUUGUUGGUAGUGCUUAUUUAAGCGGUCCAUACAAAGGAACAUUUAUUUUGGCAAGCAUACUUGAUGGUGCAGAUGUAAAAGAUUAUGGUCGUUACUGCUUAGAAUUGUACAGGCCAAACACCAUUGUCAAGACGUGUGAACUCCGGAUAGUUUCAAUGCCAGAUAUGAAAGAUUGGAAUGUUCCACAAUUUAUUAAUGAUGAAGAAGUUGUGCCACCUAAAUACAGAAGACCUCCAGGUAGGCCAAAGAAAGGAAGGCAUUUGAAAUCAAGUGAAUCGCUUUCUUCAAGUUCUAACUGUUACAGUAAAUGCGGACGUGCAGGUCACAAUCAGAGAACAUGCGAUUUCUUCCCAAAGAAAACGUGA